GAGCGCCUCGAUGCGCCGUCCGACCCUCAUGCUCUCAUCCCUCACGAACAACAUCGACAGCCACGACAAUGGCUUCCUCCAACCCCCUCCCUACUCUCAACGCCCCUCGUACCCCUCCACAACGACCUGCAGACCGUCCCGCUCAGACCCCUCCAGUACUUCGAGGGUUAGGCCUCUCCAAUACCGACAGUCCUUCCAUCACGACAGACUACGACUAUGACAUCCGACACGGCAUCUCCGACUCUCCAGCGAAGGAUACGCUUGCGCCCAGCUAUGGUGAUUCGGCAUCGUCGAUGCUCUCCCCUGCCUUCUCCGCUGGAUUGAGUCCAAACGCAGCCUUCUACACUCCAAUGGCCCCGCAGACACCGCAUACGGACAACGGCGGUCGUCUGACCCCUUCACAACACCGAGAACCGGUGCGCAAUCCGUUCAACUUCACGCCGGUUCAGUAUGUCGCGGGCAAGGACAAAGCGGCGGAGGCAUUGGGGCGAAGAAAAGGACACAAAUACCGCCAUUCUUCUAUACACGCGUCGGCGAUGGACUCCAUUAUCCAGCCUCCUAUGAUGAAGACACCACUGGCCGUGCCCGCUGCGCUGCCCAUCCCAACCCGGAAGGAGGUGUGGAGGAGUCUGACAUCGAAUCAAACGUCUCGUAUGGCGUGGUGUUUGUGUCACUUUCUGAUUGCGGGCUACGUGCAGUUCAGCGGCGAAGGAAGUCUUGCCAUGACAGCGCUAUCCCGCUUGUUACUCUUCGAUGCCGCUGGGGCGACAGUGUGCGUGGUGGUGGACGUGAUGGGCAAUUUCGAAGUCUGGAAGCGCAGCUCCAUCAAGCAUCCAUUUGGUCUCGAGCGUGCAGAUGUUCUCGCUGGAUUUGGAAUGGCCGUGUUCAUCUCCUUCAUGGGACUCGAUAUCAUUAGCCACGGGAUUGAGCAUUCCCUUGAGAACGUGGGCACGCACACUGCGCACCACUCGCACAAUCAUACCCGAGCGACAAUGGGCAACAUCGACAUUGCUAGCUUGUUAGCGGUUCUGAGCACACUCAUCUCCGCCAUCCUGCUCAAGAACCACAAGCGCAUAGGCAAGGCAACCAACUUCUCCGUCAUGGCCGGCUGGGGUAAGAUCCUGGGUAACCCUUCGCACGUGUUGACGCUCUCCUGCUCUGCCCUCCUACUCAUCCUACCCUUCCUCGGCCUACAAAGCUAUAAAUACUUCGACUUGCUCGUCAGCGUCUUCAUAGCAGGACUGAUGGUCGCCUUUGGCCUGCGUCUCGGCACGUCGCUCGCGUCAAUGCUGCUCAUGAGCUACAAAUCUCACGACAACAAGAAUGCAGUUCGUGCAGUCAUUGGAGAGAUCGAGGCCGAGCCGGGGGUGACGGCGGUGGAGGAGGCGAAGUUCUGGCAAGUGCAUUACGGACUGUGCAUGGCGAAUUUGAAGCUGCGCUAUCGAGGCGGGGACGAAAUGGCGAAGAUCAGACAGCGCGUCACGAGUUUGAUCAGGCAGAAUCUGGGCGGGAAUUGGGAGAUCUCGACGCAGAUGACCGUGGAGGGGAAUUAGAUUAGACUGUUCUGUUCGAUUGCUUGGAUGAAUGAUACCCACUGCUUCGCGCGGCGACU